AUGCUCGAUGAUAAGGCGUCGCUGGGCCCUGAGUUGGCCUAUCGGGACCGAGAAGCGUCAGGAGCCAUGCGAGCCCUUCGCCGUGCGGUUGCUAAGGCCCCGGGCAAGGACAUGCCCCCCAAACUACACUUGCUCGACGCGUUGUCAGUCAACGCCGCCAUGUAUUCGGCAGGCACUUGGUACGAAAUGACCAAGGCGGAGACGCUCAGAUUGCAGACACAGAGUUGGCAGGCUCCGUGGGGCGUGACUGAGCUCACGCCACGACAGCAGUUACAGGUUGCCGUGUCCAAUGAUCUACUGCAGGCCAACGAGGAGGCUGAGGUGCAGGAGCUCCGCAGAUUUUUUGUUGAUUCUAACAAUAUGGCGUUGAAUGCCCCAGUCAUGGGGCCCGAUUUUGCGGGUUUAGUCAAGUCCCCUCGCCCUCCGUCAGCAUUGGCUCGUAUCUCGGCGUCACUCGAGACGGAGUCAAGGGCCCACUUCCCCACAGAGGAGGAAGAGAUUGAGGGCACGCACACGGUCGCGAUGGCACAUCUCGAUGCCGACGAGACCGCGAUCACCUCUUUCGGAACGCGCCGCAGGAUCGGCUACUGCUCCCUCCUCAGACCCUUCUACGGCGUUUAG